AUGGAUGAGUUCCGAUUGGAAGCCUAUGAGAAUGCCAAGUUAUAUAAGGAGAAGACCAAGAAAUGGCAUGAUCAACAUGUACACCGAAAACAGUUUCAGAUGGGGCAAAAAGUGUUGAUGUUCAACUCGUGUCUCAAGUUGUUUCCAGGCAAAUUACGUUCAAGAUGGUCAGGCCCGUUCACCGUGGUCCAAGUAUACCCCUAUGGUGCAGUUGAAGUGACUCAUGACACUAAGGGCACAUUCAAAGUCAAUGAGCAGAGGCUCAAACCCUAUCUUGGCGGUGAUUUUCCAAAGGAUAAGGUUUCUACCGCGUUGGACAACCCUGAAUAA